AUGCAAUCUUUAACCUUAACCCUUGCAUUCCUGCUCAGUGCGAAUGCAGCACCGCGUGCACAGUACACUUCCACCACGCCAGAUUUAAUAACUAAGAAUGGCAACAAUAUCGAUAAUGAUAGGUACUUACACCGACUUGAAGCUCGUGAUGAGGUGGAUGAUAUGUUGCAGACCCUACCAGAGGCAAUAUCAGAGAAUGAAAACGUGUCCGACGAGGUCAACAAGUGGUCAGAGAGUUAUGGUCUCCAAUGCGCAUUCUCUGAGUCCAGUCUCAGUGACUUGACAUGCAAACUAUCCGACAACGAGUCAUUCGAGCACAGAAUUAAUUACUUGGCCGUCGGUAUUAAGCUAAGCGAUGAUUUUUGGUCUGCGACGUCGGGAAAUAUUUCUGCCUUCUUUCCGAACCUUUUUGAAACUGCACUGAUUAACAAAAUGGUUGAGCUUCUUAACGCACCUAGCCGAGAAGCCUCUAAAACUGUUCCGGUUGACCUUAAACGGGUCUUCGGUAGCGAGACCAUUUCUCUGAGUCAGGUUCAAAAGCUCAGCCUAUAUGUUUCAAAAGAUGCCGAUGCAUUCAAAGUUGAAAGCUUGACUGUAACGGCCAGGCUCCAGAAUUCUCCAGAUAGUGGCAUUAUCCUAAAAAAUACAAAAUAUGCAACUCUCAACACUCGGUUUAGCGACGACACUCAUCAUCAAUUCAACGAGGACGAACGAAGAAGUCGUCAGGAAAGCCCCACCCUAGGAAUUGUUACUUUUCACCUAUCCAAUGUCUUUAUCCAGGACGGGCAAAGGCCAGUAGCUGAAAUCUAA